AUAUAUAAUAAUUGGUACUUAUGGUCGAAACAGAAUACCAUCAUCUGUUUUUUAAAAUUCCUUUGUGAAGGUUAUACAAAUUAUAAGGACUUUCCUUGGUGUUUUAAGAAAUACAGAAUAUGGCACAAAAGAAAAAAGUGCUUAUGAUUUGUCUAGGAAAUAUUUGUCGUUCGCCCAUAGCUGAAGCUGUAUUUCUUGAUCAAAUAAAUAAAUUAGACUUAAACGAUUCAUGGCAAGUAGAAAGUGCAGCUCUAAUAGGAUACCAUACAGGUAAAAAUCCAGAUCAUAGAGCUAUGUCUACAUUAAGAGAAAAGGGUAUCACUAAUUAUUCUCAUAAAGCAAGACCAAUCACUGAAAGUGAUUUUAUCGGAUUUGAUUGGAUAUUUGGAAUGGAUAAGAGUAAUAUUCAGCAACUUAAUGAUAUGAAACCCAGUAAUUGUACUGCUAAAAUUGAACUUCUUGGAAAUUAUGAUCCAGAAGGAGAAAUCAUAAUAAAAGAUCCUUACUAUGAUAGCAACAAUGCUGGAUUCCAUAAGGCAUAUGAACAAUGUGUAAGAAGUAUAAAAGCUUUUUUAGAACAGCAUAAAGAUAAAGGAUUGUGACCAAAAUGAGCUUUAAAAAUAAUUUAAACUUACAAUUAUUUAAAUAUUGUGUAUUAACAAAAUAAAUAAAAUAUUCAUUAUCCUUUUAAUAACGUGGAAACAUGUCUGUGGGAAACAUGUACGCAUGCUCGAAAACAAGGCAGAAAAAUGUUAUAUGUGUACUCUUACAAUGAUAGUAUCACAGUAUCGGUCGAGCAUCAAAUUUUUGUUAAAAAUUCAAAAUAAAGAUUAUUUGCAUUAA